AUGGCGACGGCAACGAUCUCUCAGCUCUUGGUCUUUGCAGCUCUUCUUUCCGUCGAGCACGCCGGUGCCCUACCUCCGAAACCGGACGGUCCGAUCGUCCACACUCGGUAUGGAGACGUGCAGGGAAUGUACGCGGAGGAAGGGGCCAUCUUUCUCGGGCUCCCGUUCGGGGUUCCUCCGGUUGGUGAGCUACGCUGGAAACCUCCUCAGGCGUACAACCUGUCCUGGGCGCCAGACGUUCGCGACGGCACUGUACCGGGCCCGGCGUGCCGACAAGACGGGUGUGGAGUGAACGACACCGACUAUCAAUACACCUGCAACCGCGACAAGAACAGGACGCAGAGCGAAGACUGCCUGUACCUUAACGUGUACGUGCCCAGAUCCCUUUUACUGAACACUACUGUCAGUCUACCUGUUAUGUGUUGGAUACAUGGCGGACAGUAUGUUGGCGGGACGGGUGCUGCUUUAGUAUAUGACGGACGGUUUUGGGCCAACAAGACCAACACUGUCGUCGUGACCACAAACUACAGGCUCGGAGCGUUUGGCUACCUGGUGACCGGAGAGGGAGAAGACGACGCAAGGGGCAACUAUGGGACUCUAGAUCAGAUUGAGGCACUCAAGUGGGUCCAGCAGAACAUCGCUGACUUUGGCGGUGACAAGGACAAAGUGACCGUUAUCGGACAAAGCGCCGGGUCAGAUUCGAUUGCAGUUCUCCUGACAUCCGCUAGGGCGGCAGACCUGUUCCACCAGGGCAUCAUGCUGAGUGUGCCGUUCUCCAUCACUCACAAGACUCAGUUUGAGGCGAUUCGUCUCGGGAACGAUAUAAGCAAGCUCGUGAACUGUUCUGACGGGGAUAUGAAGUGCCUUCGCUCCGCGCCUGCUGACGAUAUUCUUCACGCUCAAGAUGAAGCGGGUAGAUACAUAGCCGACCCCUUUAGGCUGCUAGAAAUAUUUCUUCAGUGGGGCCCUACAGUAGAUGGCGACGUUUUGCCCAGGCAAACUGUAGAUAGUUUUGCAAGGGGACAGUUUCAGAAGAAACCGUUCAUCAUUGGCAAUGUGGGGGAAGAAGCUGUUCUGUACGUUUAUUCAGCUUUUGGCAAGCCAAUGUCAAAACUUGAGUUGGAUGCUGUUGCUUUGGCAUUUUUCCGUGGAAAAGGCCCGACAGUGCUUCGUGAGUAUAACCCGCCUCAAACAUCAGACUACCGUCCGUUUUUGUCUCAAGCCGCGACAGACUGGGUUUUCGUUUUGGCCGACACCAUGGCAUACCACUACGGUAACUUUGCACACACGGGGGACCCGAACAAGUCUAGUCCGCACGUCUGUAUCCCAAACAAUGUCCUCAAGUCCCCACUUAACUGGCCCAAGUACAACGAAGCUAACCACUAUCCCAACAUAAAUUUCACCACUCCACAUAACGUUAUAGUUCACGCUUAUAACAAGGAAAAGUGUGAUUUCUGGGAUAAGGAAAAUAUCUACUCAGGAACAAAUUAA